AUGAAAUACGAUGAAAUUUUAGCUCGAAGCUUCACCCGACAUGACCAGAAAAGAUUUGGGUACUGUGCAUUUGUCGCUUGCCUUGUAGUCACAUUGUGUUUGUGCACCGUGUUCAAGCCUUACCUCGGUCCUCUACCAGCUGUUUAUGCCGAAGUAAGAAAAACAACACUAAUCUGCGAUACAUCGAAACCAAGAUCUGAUACCUGCGAGAUCAAAGGCGAUGUAAGGAUUCACGGGACCUCCUCAACCAUUUUCGUGCUUUCUUCAGAAAGCGGAAAUGCAUCAAGGACCAUAAAGCCUUACGCUCGUAAAGGAGACCAAGGUGCAAUGGAAGGUAUAACAAAGUUCACCAUAAAAUCGUUCCAAGAACAAGCUGAAAGCGUGCCCAACUGCACAAAAACUCAUAAUGUACCGGGCAUUGUUUUUUCUGUCGGUGGUUACAGCGGAAACAACUUUCAUGCAUUUACGGAUAUAAUCGUUCCACUCUAUGCAACUUCUCGAGAAUUCAAUGGAGAAGUCAAGUUCCUCGUAGCCAAUAAGCGUUCUCGAUGGACUAGCAAGUUCCAAGAAUUAUUACACAAACUAUCAAAGUAUGAAAUCAUUGAUAUUGAUCAAGAAAAAGAAGUGCAUUGCUUUACUAGCAUGAUUGUAGGCCUUAGAAAAGAUGAUAAAAAAGAGCUACAUAUUGAAUCAAUGAAGGAUUUCACAAUGUUCUUAAGAAGUUCCUACUCAUUGGAGAGACUAAAUGCGAUAAAUUUAACUAAUAGCUCAACUACAAAACCCCGGCUCCUAAUAGUUUCAAGACAAUAUACAAGAGCUCUUAUAAAUGUCAACGAUGUGAUUCGUGCAUCACAAAACUCCGGAUUUGAAGUGAUUGUGACCGAAAUGAAUGCAAAUCUAACACAUGUUUCACGGCUCGUAAACUCAUGUGAUGUGCUCAUGGGAGUUCAUGGGGCGGGGCUGACCAACAUGGUUUUUUUGCCCGAAAACAGUGUGGUGAUACAAGUGGUUCCAUGGGGGAAGAUGGAAUGGAUAGCAAAUACUUAUUUUGGAGAGCCAUCAAAAGCAAUGGGAUUGAAGUAUUUGGAAUAUAAGAUUAGUGAGGGGGAAAGCACUUUGAUAGAGCAAUAUCCACUUAAUCAUCAAGUCUUCAUGGAUCCAUAUUCAUUUCAAAGGAAAGGUUGGGAAGCUUAUAAAUCAAUCUAUUUGGAUAAACAAAAUGUAAUGCUUAAUGUGACUAAGUUUCAAGAGACAUUGCAACGAGCCCUUGAUAUUCUUCAUCAAUAGAAUUCUUAAU